CGUUCAUCGUGUUUGCGUCAUCAGAAACGCGACGCUUUAACGGGGAAGAUGGCGGCGGCGGCGGCGUCAGCGGCGGCGCUACGAAGCGGUAGUCCUGUGAGAGAACCCGCUUUGGACCGGGUCAAAGUGGAGGAAGGCACCGAAUCGGAGAAGCAGAGUCGUGUUUCUGCUCUGCUGGAGAGGCUGCACGCCAAACACAACGCCUCACGGCCAUGGCAGGAAACCAGCAAAGUUGUCCGCACAGCCAUGGAGAAGCGUGGUGUGAUGAACUCGGCCGGUCACCAACUCCUGCUGAACUGUUUAGAGACGCUUCAGAGGGCACUUAAAGUGUCCUCACUGGCAUCUAUGACCGAUCGCCUGGAGUCCAUCGCUCGUCAGAAUAUGUUGGGGUCACACUUGAGUCCCUCGGAGACAGAAUGCUACAUCACCUCUGACAUGUUCUAUGUAGAAGUGCAGCUUGACACUAUGGGCCAACUGAUCGACGUCAAAGUGGCUCAUCACGGAGAAAACCCUGCGAGCUGUCCUGAGCUCAUACAGCAUCUGAGAGAGAAAAACUUUGAGGAAUUCUCCAAACACCUGAAGGGUCUUGUGAACCUGUACAAGCUUCCUGGAGACAACAAACUGAAGACUAAAAUGUACCUGGCCCUGCAGUCUCUGGAGCUGGACCUUACUAAGAUGAUGCACAUGUUCAGGAUAGCUACGAAGGCUAACACGGUGGAGACGAUCCUGCACGGCAGUGUGGGUCUGCUCACUCCAAGGAGCGGCGGCCAUCUUCUGUCCCUGCAGUGCUAUGUCUCGCCUUAUGACAUUUUUGAGGAGGGAACCGGCGCUCAGCUCAACUUCACCGACACAACCAUCCCUCGUUCUCUCGGAGUGGGCGUGUCUGUGACUGUGGAGGGAACAUCAUCUGUCUACAAACUUCCCAUCGCUCCUCUCAUCACCGGAUCUCACCCAGUGGAUAACAAAGGGACUCCGACAUUUUCUCCAGCGUCGAACUCUAACUGUGUAGACCUGCCAGCCUGUUUCUUCCUGAAGAUGAAGCGGCCCAUGCCCUUCUCACUGGCCUUCAUUCACAAAAUGAGCAGCAUUACAGGUAUCCCAGUGUUUGAGUCAGUACCUGCCUUGUCCCCACUCUAUGAUCUCAUCAUUAAAAGCAAGCUUGGUGAAGACGAUGGCAGCAAUGCUCCAGCGUCGGCUCGGUUCAUGAGAUUUUACGCAUCUCUGCCAGGACAACAGCACUGCUACUUUCUGAAUGGAGAUGCCCCAGUGCAGGAUGGGAAAUCUCUGCAGGGAGUGCUGGUGUCCAAAAUCCCCUUUCGACACCCUGCUCACGUGCCCUCUCUGCUGGACAUUAUACGACACCAAGCAGCUUAUAACACACUGAUCGGCAGCUGUGUCAAAAAGACCUACAUAAAGGAAGAUACCCCUGGGCUGCUGCAGUUUGAGGUCUGUCCACUGACAGACUCCAGCUUCAGCGUUUCCUUCCAGCAUCCUGUCAAUGAGUCUCUCGUCUGUGUUGUAAUGGAGGUAAUUGACUCACGGCAGGUAGUGUGUAAGCUGUAUAAGGGUUUGUCUGAUGCUUUGAUCUGCACAGAUGAAUUCAUUACCAAGGUGGUUCAGCGAUGCAUGUCCAUCCCUGUGACAAUGCGAGCUAUCCGUCGCAAGGCAGAGACGAUUCAGGCAGACACCCCAGCCUUAUCCCUAAUAGCUGAAACUGUGGAGAUAAUGGUGAAAAAGAACCUUCCGCCCACAGGUAGCCCUGGUUACAUGGGGAUGGGCGCAGGACCUGAUGGGAGCAACACUGUGGGCCUGCCUAGUGUAGGGGGUGCUACUACACCUACAGGAGGCAGUAGCGCUGGCAAUUUGGGUGCAAGUGGGCCAUUCCAAGGCGCAAUCAGCUCCCUUUUCAACAUGAGUCACCAGGGAGGUUCAGUUGUGGACACUAUGGGGCAGAUAUCAAGUCAGCAGCAGCAGCUACAGCAGCAGCUCCCACCACAGCACAGCCAUGGUUCAGAUGAUUUUAGCAAGGUGACUCAGAACCCAAUACUCACAAGUCUUCUCAAGAUAACAGGAAGUGUAGGGUCUAGUCCCACUCCCCAGGGCUCUGCUGGCUCACAGCCACACCAGACCCCACCACCGACCACCUCACCUGCUAGCAAUACCAAAAACCAUCCCAUGCUGAUGAACUUGUUGAAGGACAACCCCUCACAGGACUUUGCUGCCCUGUAUGGUAGCAGCCCUCUGGAGAGACAAAACUCUUCUGGUUCUCCUCGCACAGACAGCCAAGGUCAGCCAUGUCCUGGAGGAGGCACCAAAAGCAAGAAGAAGCGACCAAGGGGCACGGAUAAGGGUGUGAUGGGAACAGGGGGAGGCAUGGGAAUGAAACAGCAAUCCCAGCAACAGCAGUUGGGAAACAUAAGCCAGCAGCACCAUCACACACACCCCCCCACUGAAGAUGAUUUCCACCGUGAGCUUUUUUCCAUGGAUGUUGAUGCCUCUCAGAAUCCCAUUUUUGAUGUCAAUCUUCCAGGUGAUGGGUUGGACACUCCUCACAGUAUCACUCCAGCUCCAAGCCAAUGUGGGACCCCACCUUCAGGUCCUGGAAUGUCAUACCACCCACAGUCACAUGUCCAGUCUCAGACACAAGCUCAGUCGCAGACGCCAGGGUCUAUACCUCGCAUGGUACGCCUCUCUAGCUCUGAAAGUAUUGGUCCUGACAUUAAUGACAUUUUGUCUGAUAUUCCUGAUUCAGCCACCAAAGGGAGUGGCGGCAGCCAUGGGCAGCAUCACAUGGGUGGGGAAGAAGGAGCUUCCCUGGACACUCCACUAAGGGAUUCCUCUAGCUCAGGUCAGGGUAGUGCAGUAUUUGAGGCCGACCUGUUUAAUGCCAACAGCAAUGAAAACACUUACACUGAUCCAGCAGAUCUGAUUGCAGAGGCUGCUACUGCAGCUACGCCAAAUAGUGAUGCCUCCUCGAGUAAUUUCUUCCCAGAUACAGACUUCAACCCUGAGUUGCUGCCUGGUCAGGGAACCUUCUCACAUACAAGUUAUUUUGAUGAAAGUUCACCCAGUCCAGAGCCAGAUCUUGACCUUGUGAAGAGCUUCAGUGGGGGAAGUCAGCAGAAUACACCCUCAGGCACCCCUCAGAAUCCAACUUCGCAUGGCCGUAGCACACCUGAUGCCUCUCUAAAGGACCCUUUUGAUGUUAGUAUGGUUUUUAGUGGGAACAGUGGAGGAGGAAAACCUUUGCUAGGCCCAGGGCCAGAUUUGGUUGAUUCACAUUCUCAUGGAGGUGGUGGACAAAGUCCACUCACUAUGGGCAUGGCAGGAAUUAGCAGUGACUUUAAAAGUAGUGAAGUAAAGGUCAAACAGCAACAGAUGAGACCAAAGGAGGAUAAUGGGGGAGGUAACUCUGGGAUGGUGAUGGGAGGAACAGGCUCUUCUGAAGGAAAGCAGAUGAAGCGUAGUCGCACACCUUCUAGUGAGGGAAAAUCAAAAGAAAAGCCACCCAAGCGUAAAAAGCUUGAUCCAGAAGGCAAGUCUCCCUCACACAGCUCUGGGGGUCGACCCUAUACCCCUCCAAGUGGGAGUGUCAGUUCUGGAGGUUCAAUGAGUGGAGGUGGAUCCAAAUCCCCAGGCAGCUCAGGUCGUUCUCAGACCCCACCAGGAGGUGCCACCCCACCUAUACCUAAAAUCACAAUACAAAUCCCCAAAACCUUAACUGGGGGAAAAACAUCUUCUCAUGGAGGUUAUACAUCAAGCAGUUCAGCAGCUGGAAGUACCGGUGGUGCCAGUGGCACAAGCAGCAGCAAAAGCCACCAUUCCCACUCCUCUUCAUCUUCAGGAAAAAUAAAGACCAGCAAGAUGGAAGGCUCCAUGGGACAAGGUAACAGUUCUAAGCCACCGAAUACAGGAGGAAGUGGGAGUGGCAUGCUCCCUCAAUCCAAAAGCUCUUCUCUCGGGAUGGGUUCAGGCAAACCAGGCUCUUCUCCAAUCACCAAGCAUGGUAUGUCGGGUUCAGGUAGCAGUGGCAGCAGUGGAGCAGUUAGUGGGAAUAAAAUGAGGCCCCAAGGAGGCAAGCCACCUGGAUCACUGAUAAACCCUAGCAUUAAGCCUAAUAUUUCGCCUUCACACUCUCGGACUGGGAGUUCUGACAAACUUUCCUCCCCAAUGAAACUUCAGCAAGGACAGGUUCCAGGAACACCACCAUCCUCAAAAGCUAAGUCACCGAUUGGUUCUGGAAGUGGGAGUUCAGGGGGGUCAAAGUCCUCUUCUGGUGGUGGGAUGGGUUCCCAGAAACAGUUAGGAAGUGGUUCUUCCUCUGGUUCUUCCUCCUCUUCCACCUCAUCUGCUAGCUCUUCCUCUUCAUCAGGCUCUAUGUCAUUUUCCUCUGGUGGUCAAUCACAAUAUGGGGGAAGUGGGGGUGGUGGAGGAGGAGGAAGUGGAGGAGGUGGGGGGAACAACCCUAAUGCCAAGGGAAAGUCCCCUAGCCGAAACAAAAAGCCUUCCCUUACAGCAGUCAUAGACAAGCUGAAGAGUGUUGGUAGUGGUGGUAUUGGUGGGGAGGAGUGUGAAGGAGGUGGAGGAGGUGGUGCUGGCAGCAGUACAGGGAGUGGAGGUGGGGGGGGUACCUCCAAUGCUGGUCCUCCAAAGCGGGACAAGGUUGAAAAAGAAGGGAAAUCCAAAGGAUCUCUUUCAACCGGAAACUCGGGUGAUAAAAAGAUCAUUGACCCAAAAGGUAGUGGAGUGAGCAGCACUGGUGUGGCUAAGAUUAUCAUAAGCAAACCUGAUGGAGGUUCUCCAAGCAUCAAGUCCAAAGUAACUCUCCAGAAGCCUGGUGACGGAUCAGCAGAAGGUUCCAUGCGCCCCCAGCAUUCAGGCUUGAAAGCAUCACCUCUUUUCAGUGGCUCAACACCAAAGCACGACCGCAGUUCCCCAAGCCACAGCCGCUCGCCUGGAUACACACCUCUGUUCCCGGACAGUGAGAGCGAGUCAGGUAGCAGUUCAGUGGCAGAGAAAUCCCAUCAGAACAGCCCCAGCUCUGACGAUGAUCAGAGCAUGAGGCCACUACAACCACCACAGGACUACAUGUCAGUCAGUCUGGGAGAGAAACACAAGAAGCACAAAAAAGAAAAGAAAAAGCAAAAAGAAAGAGAGCGGGAGAGGGAACGGGACAGGGACAGGGAUCGAGAGAAGGAGAAGAAGAAAUCGACAAUGUCCUGUGGUCCCUCUUCACAUCCAAUUAAGGUAGACAGCUGGUCCAGGUCUCCUCUGUCCUCCUCAGAACCUUCUAUAUCUUUGCUCAGCUCUGAGCGUUCCUCUCGACCGAGUCCUGUGUACAUGCACACUGAGGAUGAUGACCUGAUGGACUCUGCUCUAACUGGCUCUAACUUAGAACCUUUCAAAUAGAGAUUAUCCCAUGGGUAUAUUUAACAUCUUUUUUGCAUGGUAUUUGGCACCUCUAUGAAGGUUCUGCCAUUUUAAAUAUUGAAUAUUAUGAUCAUUCUUUUUAAACUGUAAGAUUUUUAACAAUAUCAGAUGGAGACACUGAGGCCAUCCAUUUUAGAAGAAUAGGGUGGCAUGCAUUAUGGUUUUGUACUUCACAUAUCUGCCACUGAUUAUGGAUGCAAAAAUAAUCCUCCCAAUACUGGUGAUGAAAAUAUACACUGAAGUUCAACAUGAUAAACCUGUCUAAAAGUAAAUUAUUUGUAAUGACUCAUAGGUUGCAUAUUGAUUUUAUGUUUACUGUUUAUCUAACGAAAAAAUGUGCUGUAUUUUUAAAAGACAAUGUAAAAAAAAAAAAAAAAAAAAGGUCUUCUCUCUUGAAAUGCUCCUUGUUUGUUGAAACCAUGUCUUUUAUAAGUGUUAUUUUCUCGAAACAUUUUAAUACGUUCUUUAUUCAUUUUGUCGUGUAGUUUUAGGCUUUGUAGAGGAGUGUAAUCAAGUGGAUUAGAAUUCCCUUCUUCAUAUGUAAAUAUGCAGGUCAUUAUACAUGAUCGAAAUAAACUUUAUUGGUGAAUUAAACUUUAAUUUUAAGUAUGAAAAGUGUGCCAUUUUUGGAAGUGUUUGACAGAUUCCACCAGCAGGGGUCACAAUGGAGUUAUAUUCGUAUAGUUUGCACAAAUAUAAAAUACUCAAGUGCUUUAAUGAAUAAUGGCUAGUGAACGAAAGAUCCUUAUUCUGUCUUUGUAUAUAAUACCUGUUUCUUAGAAUCUGUUGGAUGAAGACUAUUAUAUUUCAUAGUGCAGCUUUAUUUUUAUUAACACUUUAAUAAAAAUAAUAAGAAUUCAGAAUAAUAAAGAUUUUGGUGGUUAUUCAGAGCCUUUUCAAGGAAUAUCUUUAUAUCAUUACUGCCUUUAAGGAACAAACAAUUUCAGAUCUUAUUUUUGUAUAAUAUACCUUUGUACUUAUAUAUUGGCACACCACAACCUCACAUAUGUAUAAUAAAAUAUUUUUUUACACACACACACACACACUAUAGCCUCACAGUACUUCUUUAGCCACACACUGCUGUGUGAAACGGCCCCCUCAAUGUGAAAGUUCUUCAACGCUGUAAUUAAAGUAAUAUGCACACGCUGCUGUUCUCAGAGGGUCUUUUUCUGGCCCUGCAUUCAUUCUCACUUUUCUUUCAGAAACAAAUUACAUCACUACAUGAUUUAUUAUAAAAUGUUUUUAAACCACCUGCUAUGUUGUUAUUGGCUGAAAGAAGCAGGGAUGAAAGCACAUAAUUUAUAGAGGAAUGUACUGACUGAGGGCCGUAUUCAGAUUUAAGUGUGUAGUGAGUAUUCAGUGCUGAAAUUGUGCACAUUGGUAUUCAGAUGUAAGUACAGACUUAAGUUGUCCACACUAACUGUCAGAGGAAGAUAUAAAAAUUAAAAAAAAGUGCAAGAUAAUAGGAUGUGCUGGAUCAAGUGCUAUUUUAUAAGCUGCUAAUGAGGUUGGAAGCCAUUUUGUUAAACCACAUUUGCAGAGAUCAAUGUGAUUGUUACAACUAGAACUAUUCAUGCAGCCAUAUAUUUGCAAUAUACAGUCAGGUCCAUAAGUAUUUGGACAGUGACAAUUUUAUACUUUUGCCUCUGUGCACCAACACAAUGAAUUUGAAAUGAAGUAAUCAAGAUUUGAUUGAAGUGUAGACCUUCAGCUUUAAUUUAAGGAGUUUAACAAAAGAUAUUGCAUUAACUGUUUAGGAAUUAUAACCAUUUUUUUUAACAUAUUUUUUUACAAAGUUCCUUCCAAGCGUUGGAUUUGCAUUUGGUAGCUGUUCAUGGGAACUCUCGAUAUGCGGUCUAAAGAGGUGUGGAUGUAAGUGAAGGAGGCCAUCAUUAGGCUGAAAACACAAAAUAGACCUAUCAGAGAGAUAGCAGGAACUUUUGAGUGGCCAAAUCAACAAUUUGGUACAUUCUUAAAAAGAAGGAAUGCACUGGCGAGCAGCACCAAAAGGCCUGGAAGGCCACGGAAGACAACUCAAGUGGAUGAUUGCAGAAGUCUUUCCUUGGUGAAAACUCUUGAGGAGGUAGGUGUAUCAUU